AUGGCGGAAUUCCUUGACGUUCUUGCAAAACAGUGCGAUCACACGCGAAUUGCUGAAGAAAUUUUGAUAGAAAUAAGCAAUAAAGAGUUUGGAAGUCAAGAUUCAACAGUCCCGAAAUCUUUUUCAAGGUUCCUUGUUAAAUUAUCAGAGUUGGUUCCAAGAGUAGUUGUGAAACAGAUUGGAUUAUUGGUCAAACUUUUAGACUGCGAGUGUCACACAAUGCGGAUGGGAUUGAUAGAAGUUCUCGGCAAUCUUAUAAUCGAUUUUGCAAACCAAGAGGAUCAAGCUUUGAAUUACGUUUCACAAAUAAAUGGAUUUUUCGAUGCUUUGGAAGAGCGGUUCCUUGAUGUGAAUGGCUUUUGCCGUUCAAAAUUAUUACAAGUUUAUUUAAAGCUAUUAGA